UAAUUAAUAAAUGUGUGAAGUGAUCGCAUUGUUCAGUAAUUAAAUAAUUGUUAUACAUCAAUAUUAAAGUGUAGUGUUAUCAAAAAAUGAUUUGAUUGGAAGUUUUAAAAAUAAAAAUAUACAGAGUCUUAUGAUGGAUGCUGUUCCAAGUAUUCGACCACUUGGAUUAAUUUGUGGUGUAUUAAGUAUAGUACAAUCGAUUAUAUGGAUCGCUUUAUCAACAAUCUUAUUAUUAAUUUCAUACUGUGUGAUACCAAUUCAUUUAAAUGAUGAUUCAAAACCGUUUCAAGUAUCAAAUCCAUAUUUAUAUUUUUUAUUUACGAGAUACUUAAGAGACGAAGAUUGUGAUGAUACAGUAUUAACAUUACCAAAUCAACCGGAAAUUACGUACUUAGUCCAACCGAACAUAUUUAGAAUAUGGCUAUGGUUUUAUUUUGGUUUAAGUAUAGCAUGGUUUAUACUAUCAUGUUUCCUUAUAAAAAUUACAGCAAGAAAACAAUUACCAUGUUUGAAUUCAGUCGUUUUUAUUUGGUUCAUAACCGUCAUUGAGAUAUGUGGUAUGGAUUGUGCUUUAUCAAUUGUGUUUGGAAUGGAUAUCGCCAAUUUGCAAAGUAACUAUGCCGGAGACUUUAAAUUUGACGCCAUAGUUGCAGGUGUAACAAUGUUUUGUAUAUUUUCAAGAGGUGUUUUUAUAUGGGUUAUCAAUUUGAGUUUAGCAAUUGGAUUAUUUUACUCAACAUUAACAAUGCCACAUGCGAAAAAAAAUCACACGUUAAUGGAUACAUCCGAUGACGAUCAUACAAGUUAUUCGAGUAAAUUUGGGACAACUUCAUUUCGAAAUCAUCCCAGUCAAUGGCAGCCACCAAUAGAUGCAUUCACAUAUUCAAACAACACUUUAAAACCACCAGAUACACCAAUAAACCGUAUGCGGGUCGAAAUGCACGCAUCACAUCCUGGAUGGACAUUACGGCGGGAUAAUUCUACGUCCAAUCAUAAAAACGUAAAUGGUAUUGAUAAUAAUUCAUCAUUAUCAUUUAAUAAUAACUCAUAUAGACCAGAUUCGGACAUACAUAUUCCUUCACGUAAUUCAGAUGUAAAUAUUCCAUCGCCAGAUUAUUCACCGGUCCUGCAACGUGUUCCAUCAUUCAAUAUGACACGUCGAAAUUCCACCCAACAGAGAUAUGUUGGAUUUGAAAGGAAUAUCAACAAUCCCAAUAUGCCUUUUUAUUAAUCAACACACUUAAUUGUUUUGUAAGUGAAACUUUAAUAUCAAGUUGAGGCAUUAUUAUUUAAAUUACAAAACAUUCACUUACUUGAGAUAAAGUUUAAAUCCAGAUACUUUGAGAUUACAAUUAUUUACGAAUUUUACAUUAAAAUUAUGGGACUUUAAUGGUAAGAAAGACUCUAUCUAGC